AGAUUUCUCUGAAUUCAAGCACACACCAUAAUCUUCUUCAUCGCUGUUACUCCAUCGUUCAGAGCAAAAAGCAAAAGAGGCUUAUGCGUACACCUAAGUAUAGAGAGAGAAACCCAUGUUGGCGGCGAGAUCUAGGGAGAGAUACAAAAGGAGCAUGAACUUGUACACGAAGCAGAAGCAGAAGGGGAAGGGGAAGGGGGUAGCUCCGAAGCUUCAACGAAGGAACGCAAUCAAGAAUAUCAAUUACGACGCCUCUCCAUCUUCAUUAUCAUUUGAUAGUUCAUCUGCUCAACGAACUCGAUCACUUGAUAUUCCAUCGCUAUCGGAGAGAACGAGUUUUCGAAUUGAAGGAAUUGAUGGCGAAGUCGACGUGAUCUGCAGGUCUCUAGGGCUUUCAGGGCCGGAAGAUUUGGCAAUAUCGGAGGAUGUUUGGAAAGCGCAUAGGGGUGGGAGUUUCCCGUCUAGCUCUAGGUUUCGUCGUUCCCAUAGGGUUUCGGCUAUGGAAUCGCCGGAGAGUGAUUUGUCGGAGAGUUUUGGAAGUAAAAUUAGCUUUAGUGAUGAUGAAGUCAAGACUGACGACGAGUCUUCGACAUCGGCCGAGGAUGAGGAAGCUAGGGUUUUGGUGACAAAUGGAGUUAAGAAUCGUAACGAUGGCGUCAGCUUUGGUGGAAUCAAUGAGGACAGGCUUGGAAAUGAGUAUUCACAAGCAAACAAUGGCGUUGGUUUAGCGAAUGCUGAAAAGGCUAGGGUUUUGCAAGAUGGUGGUGAUGAUGAUGACUCGGAUAAAACGCGAGAGAGACGACAUGCGGAGGGAGAAAGUGGAAUUAAGGGUCCAGGGCCACCGUUACUCGCUCCUCCACCUGUGCCCCGAGUGAUUGUGGAUGAUAUGGGUUCAAAGUGGGAUUUGAUUCAGAGUUUUGCUCCAAGGGAUGAUGAACACUUGGAAUCAGACGGACCAGUUGAGACUAUUAUUUCGGAAAAUAUGGUAGCGAACGUUGUGGACGAGAGAGAGACAAGUGGGAUGAUGGCAUCAAUAAUCGAUACUAUUGUCCCACCAUUUGGUUCGGAUCCAUUGGAUGAUGAGGAUGAUGGCUCUUCCAUGGCGGCUGCUGAUCUUCAGUAUUCUCCUUCGCCCACUAGACAAUUUAGUGGCAGUUUUGAAAACUGGCAGAAGGGUGAUAUUCUUGGAAGUGGUUCGUUUGGCACUGUUUACGAAGGCUUUACUGAACAUGGGGACUUUUUUGCUGUAAAGGAGGUUUCUUUGCUUGAUCAAGAUAGCCAGGGAAGGCAGAGCAUUGCCCAACUUGAGCAGGAGAUAUCUUUAUUAAGCAACUUCCAUCAUGAUAACAUAGUUCGAUAUCUUGGAACAGAUACGGGUGAUGGUAAGCUUUAUAUCUUUCUUGAGCUUGUAACAAGAGGUUCGCUGGCAAGACUCUAUCAGAAGUAUGACCUGCGGGAUUCUCAAGUAUCGGUCUACACC